AUGGCUAUUCAUGCAGGGAUUCUUGAGGAUGUGUGGGCUAAACUCAUGAACAGUGAUAGAGGGGUUGAUUGUGAUGCAACAGAGUCCUCUUCUCACUCCAUGGAAGAACAGCCUAACCCUGAGGGAAGAGAAGGAUCAAUGGAAAUUCUGAAAAGGCUUCCAAAUUAUGGAGACACCAUUAUGGACAUUGGAAGUGCUGCUAAAUCCAAAAAAAAUGAGAUAGAAGAAGAUGGUGUGAGAGCAGAAAAAGCAGUGGUAAAACACUACAGGGGAGUAAGAAGAAGGCCAUGGGGUAAAUAUGCAGCAGAGAUUAGAGACUCAUCAAAGAAAGGUGCUAGGGUUUGGCUUGGGACAUUUGAAACAGCUGAAGAAGCAGCUAGGGCUUAUGACAAAGCUGCUUUGAGAAUUAGAGGUCCAAAGGCAAACCUUAAUUUCCCACUUGACACAGCUUUUGUUGCACAGGCUUCAGGAAUAGGCCAGAGAGGAACCGAUUCGGACAAAGAAAACUCUUGCAAUGCCCGGAAGAGAAAAGAAGAAUUUGUGAAUGGAAAACCUGUGACAAAAAAAUUGGCAACAGUGGAAAAUAUUGUAAAAAACGAUCUUGAUGUUUUUGUGUUUCAAGACCUGGGGUGUGAUUACUUGGACAAUUUGCUAUCUACCUUUUAA